UAUCAACUACAUUUCCCAUGAGACCCCGCGCGGCGACGUCAUACGCAAUCACGUCGCCGCUGUUGUGGGCUGCUGGAUUUAAAAGUGGAGUCGCAAGAUUUUCUUUCAACGGCGUCAUGAACUGGGACAACCAGCUGAGCUCCAUCCUGUCGGUGGCAGAAGGCAGCGUUGCGAAGAUGAGGGAGAGACUGACCUCACCAGGAAAAUUCUCCAAAGGAGGAGAAGAUUUGUUUCCAACGAGGGAGAGGGUUCCUCCCGCUCUUCCUCCGCGAGCCCCCCUCCUCCUCCUCCGACAGCCCUCCUCUUCCCCCCUCGGCUCCCCCGUCCAGUGGGCCGACCUGGCCGCCGUCCAGUCACAACUCCAGAUACAGAGCCAGGCGAUCGAGUCGCUCGCCCUCCAACUCCGUGACGUGGGGAGAGAGAGGCAGUCUCAACAAGGCCUCAUCCAGACGCUACAAGAGGAGGUUCACCGGCUCAGGGAGCGGGAGAGAGAAUCGAGGAGGGGGCAAAGUCCGGGAGCGGAGGUGAAGAUGGAGCACCUGCGGAGGGAGGUGGACCAACUGAAGGCGCAGCUGAGGCGACAGGGGGAAGACGCGACCCUCCAGCAGUCAGAGACCCGGGAGUCCAGGAGACGCUACGAACACAGCUGCAAGACACUGGAGGAGCUGACGGACAGCUGCAGGGAGACCACCUCUCAGUAUUCUCUCACAAAGCGAGAGGUCCGCCAGAUCAGAACCACUGUGUCGGAUCUGAAGGACGAGGUGAGGAGACUCUUCCUCAAAGAGCGCCAGCCAUCACCGUUGUUGUCGGCGCACACAUCAGGGGCGUCGGCUGCCAGCCACAGCAGAGGGGUCAGAGUUGAGGAGGCGGAGUCCGACUCUGAAGACUUCAGCCCGACCCCGAGCCUGGCGGAGGUCAGCUCGGAUGACCUGUCAUGGCUGGACGACAAAGACCCCGCUCCUCAUCAGAAGCCUCGAGUGCGUCUGAGCGUUCAGUCCAGACGGAGCGACUUCGCCGGUCCGGGAUCAGACCUGGAGGAGGGCGACGAUGACGAAGGUGACGAUCGCCUUGAUGAAGAUGUCAGCCCAGAUCUAGGAUCCGACCUAAGUCUUGAUGACCUCUGACCUUUCCUCGUCACGACUGUUUUGGACUUUGGACUCGGGAAGGAUUCUCCCGACAGAAGAUUAUUCCUUCAGGCUUCUUCGUGUUGUCGCUCUUUUAUUGUGAAAAGCCCAAACUCUAAAAAUAGAAUCAGCCCGGAUAACACUAACGAGCAUACGGCUUAUUUCCUCUGUGGUCUCGAGAGAAAGGGAAACCAAGCGGCCGACUUCACAUGGCAACCGAGGCACAAACGAGUAAUUAAGUCAGCCUGCUUAGUGAUGUGACUGUUUCUUAAAGGGACAGUAACGUGAAGCGGGGUUGCGACUGUUUCUUAAAGGGACAGUAACGUGAAGCGGGGUUGUGACUUUCUUAAAGGGAUUGUAAUGAGAAGCAGGGUUGUGACUGUUUCUUAAAGGGACAGUAACGUGAAGUGGGGUUGUGACUUUCUUAAAGGGACAGUAACGAGAAGCGGGGUUGUGACUGUUUCUUAAAGGGACCGUAACGUGAAGUGGGGUUGUGACUUUCUUAAAGGGACAGUAACGAGAAGCGGGGUUGUGACUUUCUUAAAGGGACUGUAACGUGAAGCGGGGUUGUGACAUUCUUAAAGGGACAGUAACGAGAAGCGGGGUUGUGACUUUCUUAAAGGGACAGUAACGAGAAGCGGGGUUGUGACUUUCUUAAAGAGACAGUAACGAGAAGCAUUACUACAGUAGCCGGGGAGGGAGGCAGCAGAGAAAAGUGUUCUUUAGAAACAUAAACAUAUUAAUAUAGGUGGAAGAGGACGCUCUCUUCACCGCCAUGGACAAAAACAUCAGUUUAGCUGCUUCCUGUUUGUCUUAAAGAGAGAAAUGAUAAUGGCUCAAGACCCCCGUCUGACAUGAAAAUAUACUAAAAUACAACGUUCACAUAAACAGAGAUAGAUGUUUGUUUUUCCAGGUGUCUAAAAUAGGUCCGUCCCCCCCCCCCCCCUCAUCCACAGCAGGAAAUGCCUCUCAUGCUGGUGCAUCCUCUACCUUCAGCAGAGUUCCCGCCAUUAGGGGGAACUUUCUUUUGUUGUGGCGGGGAACUCUCCGCUGCUAUUUUUAAACGGUUUAUUCACGAGGAACCCAGAAGGACCCGACAGGCCGCGCAGGUGCGAGACCGAGCCGGUUGGAUUUCUUUUCACAUGUUUUGAAUGGCGCGUUUGUAAAGGAAACAACGGCGCGGCCCCCGGUGGGAGCGCGGGCCGCUCGAGGGGCCCGCCAAUCCUCUAAUUUAUUUAUUUAAAUAAUAGCUGUCUCCACACGCUCAGACUGGUUGGAGGCAGCUGUCGGAGCAGAAGCUCCUUUGCGGGGAACUCUUCAAUCAGAACCGUCACGGCGCCACGUGGACUUUUACAUCUUUAAAUCAUCACUUUUUUGUAUUUAUUUUCUCUCUGGUUGAAGCGUCGCCCGCGAAAUCUUUAAAAGAAAGAAGAUCAGUUGCCGCCGAGUGAAUGUGACGCCCUCCGCGCCCACGUUUCGAGCCACUGGAAAUAAAUUCGGGGUCCUGCCCGAGCGGCGUGCACAGCAGCUCUGUGAUUGGCCGGACCACAAGGGUUCGGUUUCAAGGGUUUCAAGGAGUUAAAAAUAAACUCUUUCAUGGUUCCA